AUAGGAUCUGGUGGAGGAAGAGUCAGGCAAACACAAGCACGCACACACCACUGGGAGACCAGAGCUUCUGGCUGGCUCUCUGCUGCCACAGCGCCACUGAGGGUGGGGGGAGCAGAGGCAGUCUCGCCUCGCCGGAGAUAAACCCGAGCUCAGAGGAGAGGCAGGUGGUUCAGGUGCGUCGCCUGGAUCAUGAGGUCAUCCCUCUGCUGGCUCCUCACACUUCUCAUCUUGGCCUCAGCGGCCCAAGGCCAGCCAACAAGACGACCGAGACCCAGACCGAGGCCCCGGCCCAGACCCAGACUCAGGCCCACACCCAGCUUUCCGCAGCCCGAUGAGCCAGCGGAGCCUACCGACCUGCCUCCCCCGCUGCCCCCAGGGCCCCCGUCGGUCUUUCCUGACUGUCCCCGGGAGUGCUACUGCCCCCCCGACUUCCCGUCCGCCCUCUACUGCGACAGCCGCAACCUCCGGAAGGUCCCCGUCAUCCCGUCCCGCAUCCAUUACCUCUAUCUCCAGAACAACUUCAUCACUGAGCUCCCGGUGGAGUCCUUCAAGAAUGCCACGGGCCUGAGGUGGGUCAACCUGGACAACAACCGGAUUCGAAAGGUGGACCAGAGGGUGCUGGAGAAGCUCCCCAGCCUGGCGUUCCUCUACAUGGAGAAGAACCAGCUGGAAGAGGUGCCCGCAGCCCUGCCCCGGAACUUGGAGCAGCUGAGGCUGAGCCAGAACCAGAUCUCCAGGAUCCCGCCCGGGGUCUUCAGCAAGCUGGAGAACCUCCUGCUGCUGGACCUGCAGCACAACAAGCUGAGUGACGGCGUCUUCAAGCCCGACACCUUCCAGGGCCUCAAGAACCUCAUGCAGCUCAACCUGGCCCACAACACCUUGAGGAAGAUGCCCCCCAAGGUGCCCUCCGCCAUCCACCAGCUCUACCUGGACAGCAACAGAAUCGAGGCCAUCCCCAGCGGGUACUUCAAGGGCUUCCCCAACCUGGCCUUCAUCCGCCUCAACUACAACCUGCUCUCGGACCGGGGCCUCCCCAAGAACUCGUUCAACAUCUCCAACCUGCUGGUGUUGCACCUGUCACACAACAGGAUCAGCAGCGUGCCCGCCAUCAGCAACCGGCUGGAGCACCUGUACCUCAACAACAACAGCAUCGAGAAAAUCAAUGGGACCCAAAUUUGCCCCAACAAUCUAGUCGCCUUCCAUGACUUCUCCUCGGAUCUGGAGCACGUGCCGCACCUCCGCUACCUGCGGCUGGAUGGGAACUACCUGAAGCCGCCCAUCCCGCUGGACCUCAUGAUGUGCUUCCGCCUGCUGCAGUCCGUGGUCAUCUAGGCCUCCUGCGCCCCUGGAGCUCCUCCGGCUACACUGAAUGUGGAGGCCCAGGCGCCUGCGCCCACAGCUUGCUCUGUCUCUUUUUCUUGCUCCCAGCUCUGCCCUCCUUAUCCCACCUUCCCGAGUCAGGGACAAGCCACAUACUCUGCUGACCCUGCAGCUUCUAGAACAAGAUUUCCAAAGGCUUGAUUUGGUCCACCCAGUUCAAAGACACCCGCUGUGCACCCCAGCUUCUGGUCCCAGAAGCACAGGUGUGUGUCUAAAGACAUCCCACUCUCUUCCUCCCUCAUCACCCCUGGGUUAGCCUGGGCCAUGGACUGAAAUCUGGUUCUCGUCCUGACCAAAGCAAGCAGAGAGCAUGGUCAGGGGCAGCCUAGACAUGAAGUUUGGAAAGUCCUUCUGUAAACUCCUCUAUUGUGGGCAGCUCUGACCCAAACAGACUGAGAAACUCAGGUCUCCUGGGUCAAGGAUCCCAUCUUCCAAAACUGCUGCUGCCGUGCCCCAUUCACGGGCACCAGAUGGGCACCUGCCCUCUGCCAGCCUGGAUUCUGGAAAGGAGGUGCAAGGGAACGGCUGAAGAAGGGCGCAGGCUCAGAGAGGGGCAGAGCGACCCGCUACUCCUUCAUGGGGUGAGACCGGCCCCUUCUCGGCACGCAGCCUCCUGGCUGAGUCUCCGUGCCAACAGUAAGAGCAGGGAGGAGCAUUCCAGGAGGAGAGUGGCCCAAACACCCAGGAGCCAGCCAGUGGGAGAGGCUGGGGGUCAGAGCCCAGGAUGGCCGGGUGGGUGUGGAUUGCUGCUUGGCCGCUGGACCAGAGGCCCAACGCCUGUGGAGUAGCAACACGGGGAGGGUUCAGAGCCAGAAACCCCGCCCUGCCAUGCGCUCUCUGCCCUUCCCUUGCUGGGGAGCGGCUCCUGAGAAACGGCUCGAGAAGGGGCAGAGAGCCAGAAAUCUCCCAGAGCCCUCUUCUGCUUGUGCAGCGGCCUCCCCUCUCAGCCAGGCACAGCAGUGACACCUGGUGGCCGAUACUGCCCACACCUGGCCCCUGAGUCCUCCUCAUCUGCCCACAGCUGGCCCCUGAGUCCUCCUCAUCUGCCCACAGCUGGCCCCUGUGUCCUCCUCAUCUGCCCACAGCUGGCCCGUGUGUCCUCAUCUGCCCACAGCUGGCCCCUGAGUCCUCCUCAUCUGCCCACAGCUGGCCCCUGAGUCCUCCUCAUCUGCCCACAGCUGGCCCGUGUGUCCUCCUCAUCUGCCCACAGCUGGCCCGUGUGUCCUCAUCUGCCCACAGCUGGCCCCUGAGUCCUCCUCAUCUGCCCACAGCUGGCCCCUGUGUCCUCCUCAUCUGCCCACAGCUGGCCCCUGAGUCCUUCUCAUCUGCCCACAGCUGGCCCGUGUGUCCUCCUCAUCUGCCCACAGCUGGCCCGUGUGUCCUCCUCAUCUGCCCACAGCUGGACCCUGUGUCCUCCUCAUCUGCCCACAGCUGGCCCCUGAGUCCUCCUCAUCUGCCCACAGCUGGCCCCUGAGUCCUCCUCAUCUGCCCACAACUGGCCCCUGUGUCCUCCUCAUCUUCCUGGGGUGAUCUGCCAAGGUCAGGAGUUGGCCUCAAGUUCCCACUUGAAAAGCUGUGGGCGACACGCAUGGUCUCUGUCCUCUGGGGUCUAUCGGGCACGCAGGUAUAGAGGCACCAAGAUAGGGGACGUGGUUCCCAUAUGAGUGAACCCAAGAGGGAAACUUCAGGAACCCAGAAGAGGAUGUGGCUUGUUCCCCUCUGCCCUCUCACCUUGCGGGUCCCUUCUGCUCUCUGCUUUCAGGCGGUAGGCUAAGGAGGUGGCUACAGUACCCCUCCAGGGACCCUCUGGAGCUCACGUUCCCUAUGCAGCUCCACCCUCUAGACCAGCACGAGGCCUAAAUACUAUCUCCUUCCUUUGCAAUAAUUUAUUCCCUGUAUAGACUGUCCUUCCCCCAAAGUUCUCACACACACUGCCCCCCAAUCUGGCACAGGGGAGCAGUGUGUGAAAGGCCUCUAAAGGAAGCCCGAGUCCCCCGGAGCCGACUGACCUUCAUCUCCCCUUUCCUCCCUCUAGUGGGUGGAGAUGCCCCCCCUCUACAGCCCCCAAGUGAAUGUUGGUGGGACUGGGCAGGGGGUGUCCUAGAAAUGAGUAGGACACAGUGCCCACUCUCAGGUUAGGUUGAGAAAAGUUCCAGAGAUGUUUAAGAAAUUGGAUUAAGCUAGCUCCCCAACUUCAAGAAAUCUCCAUUUUAUUCUAAUUUUCCUCUUUUGCUAAUUUACAGAAAACAGGCCCGUUUCAAGUUCUUCCCCAUGUUCCCAUUCAACUGCUUCAUUCUUUGCAGCUGCAGCUGGUUUUUCCAAAGCUCUUGCUUAAAGUGAAGAUAGACUGUAGCCAAGGUGCUACGGCUUGGAUAAGCCCCCCUUGUGUAUCUUACUUCCACCUUGCACCGUCAGCCCCUCUGGUAAUGAGCACAGCGCCUAGGACUCCUCAGGGAGGAGGGGUCACUCCCCUGCUCCUGCAAACCUGAACUGUCUUCUUUCAGCAGCAACAAGAUCACCAUCAUCCCAGUGCCCUGUCUAGAAUAUGCCGGCUUCCUCUAUAGCUCCCUGCAGCUAUAACCCAGAGGAAACUGAGUUGGCCGUAUAGUUCCCCCCACCACAUACACAUAAUGCGCCGGUUUCCCCUGGAUUUAAGGAGGCCGCCUCCUCCAUGUACAACUUCGUUCUCUCAGUGCUGUUUGGCAUAGGCACAUACAGGUGUGUAAGUAGGUGUGUACGCGUGCCCUGUACCUACAUCUAUUCUUUCUUGAAGAUCAAGACAACUUUGUGAAACAACUUUCACAGUCCAUCAUGCUUCACAGCAGAGAAAAUAAAGUGAUAUGAAAAAUA